CGCGCCGGCCCGCAGCGGCUCCAGCGGCUCCAGGCGCGGAGCGGAGCCGAGCCGGAGACCCGAGCGCCCGGAGCCGGAGCUGGAGCCGGGAGGGAGCGGAGCGGCCAUGGAGGCGCCCCGGGGGCGCGGCGGGCUGGCAGCGCUCUGGUGCCUCGGGCUGCUGGGCGGCCUGGCGCGCGUGGCGGGCACGCACUACCGCUACCUGUGGAGGGGCUGCUACCCGUGCCCCCUGGGCCAGGCCGGCUACCCCGUGAGCGCCGGUGACCGCAGGCCAGACGUGGACGAGUGCCAGCUGCACAACGGCGGCUGCCAGCACCGGUGCCUGAACACCCCGGGCUCCUACCUCUGCGAGUGCAAGCCCGGCUUCCGGCUCCACGCGGACGGCAGGACCUGCCUGGCCAUCAACUCCUGCACCGUGGGCAACGGGGGCUGCCAGCACACCUGUGUCCAGCUCACGGGGACCCAGCACCGCUGCCAGUGUCGGCCCGGCUUCCAGCUCCAGGAGGACGGCAGGCGCUGCACCCGGAGAAACCCAUGUGUGGACCGGAACGGCGGCUGCAUGCACACGUGCCGGGUGCUCCAGGGCCUUGCCCACUGCGCGUGCCACGCGGGCUACCAGCUGGCGGCGGACCGCAGGGCCUGUGACGAUGUGGAUGAAUGUGCCGCGGGCCUGGCCCAGUGCGCCCACGGCUGCCUCAACACUUAUGGGUCCUUUAAGUGCGUGUGCAACGCCGGCUACGAGCUGGGGGCCGAUGGCCGGCAGUGCUACCGGAUCGAGAUGGAGAUCGUGAACAGCUGCGAGGCCGACAACGGCGGCUGCUCCCACGGCUGCAGCCACAGCAGCGCGGGCCCCGUCUGCACCUGCCCCCGCGGCUACACGCUGGACGAGGACCAGAGGACGUGCAUCGACAUCGACGACUGCGCCGACGCCCCGUGCUGCCAGCAGGUUUGCACCAACAGCCCCGGGGGCCACGAGUGCAGCUGCUAUGCCGGCUACCGGCUGGGCGCCGACGGCUGCAGCUGUGAGGACGUGGAUGAGUGCGCCUCGGGCCACGGUGGCUGUGAGCACCACUGCGCCAACCUGGCCGGCUCCUUCCAGUGCUCCUGCGAGCCCGGCUACUGGCUGGACGAGGACCGCCGGGGCUGCAGUCCCCUGGAGACGUCCGAGGUGGGCCUGGACGGCCACCUGCCCCUCGUGCGGCCGCUCCCGCGCGGCGCGGUGCUCCAGGACGCGCUGCACCCCCUCUUCCAAGACGACUACGUCGCGGCUGAGGAGGCGGCGGCGGCCGAGGAGGCGCGGGGCGAGCACACGCUGGAGGAGAAGUUUGUCUGCCUGGACGCCUCCUUUGGCCCAGACUGCAGCUGGACCUGCGCGGACUGCAGGAACGGGGCGGCCUGCCUCCCCAGCCUGGAUGGCUGUGACUGCCCCGCCGGCUGGACCGGGCUCGUCUGCAACCAGACGUGUCCCCCCGACACCUUCGGGAAGAACUGCAGCUUCCCCUGUGCCUGUCAGAACGGCGGGACGUGCGACCCUGUGACCGGGGCCUGCCGCUGCCCUCCGGGUGUCGGCGGAGCCCGCUGUGAGGACGGCUGCCCCAAGGGCUUCUACGGCAAGCACUGCCGUAAGAAGUGCCACUGUGCCAACCGGGGCCGGUGCCACCGCCUCUACGGGGCCUGUCUCUGCGACCCGGGGCUCUACGGCCGCUUCUGCCACCUGGCCUGCCCGCCGUGGGCCUUCGGGCCGGGCUGCUCGGAGGAGUGCCAGUGUGAGCAGCGGAACACGCGUGCGUGUGACAGGAGGGACGGCAGAUGCGCCUGCGAGGCGGGCUUCCGGGGCGAGCGGUGCCAGGACGAGUGCCCACCGGGCUUCUUCGGGCCGGGGUGCCAGCAGGCGUGCACCUGCCCCCCGGGCGUGGCCUGCGACCCUGUCAGCGGCGCGUGUGGGACGCAGUGUCCUGCCGGCUACUGGGGGGAGGACUGUGGCCGAGAGUGCCCGGCCGGGACGUUCGGCAGGAACUGCUCGGGCUCCUGCUUCUGUGGUGGUGCCCCCUGCGACCAGGUCACGGGGCAGUGCCUGUGCCCACCUGGGAGGACCGGAGCUGACUGCGGGGCAGAUUGUCCCGAGGGCCGCUGGGGGCUCGGCUGCCAGGAGGUCUGCCCGGCGUGUGAGCACGGUGCCUCCUGCGAGCCUGAGACCGGAGCCUGCCUGUGCCUCCCUGGCUUCACGGGCAGCCGCUGCCAGGACGCUUGCCCGACGGGCUGGUUUGGGCCGGGCUGCCGGAUGCAGUGCUCCUGCGCCAACGAUGGGCUCUGCCACCCGGAGACCGGCCGCUGCAGCUGCGCCCCCGGCUGGACCGGCCCCGGCUGCCGGAGAGCCUGUGACAGCGGCCACUGGGGACCCGACUGCAGCCACGCCUGCAACUGCAGCGCAGGCCACGGAGGCUGCGACGCCGUCAGCGGCCUGUGCCUGUGCGAGGCCGGCUACGUGGGCCCGCGGUGCGAGCAGCGGUGUCCCCAGGGCUCCUUCGGGCCGGGCUGUGGGCGGCAGUGCCGGUGUGAGCACGGGGCGGCCUGCGACCACGUCAGCGGGGCCUGCAGCUGCCCGGCCGGCUGGAGGGGCACCUUCUGCGAGCGCGCCUGCCCGGCCGGCUUCUUCGGAGUGGACUGCCGCCGCGCCUGUGACUGCAGCGCCGGAGUCCCUUGCGACGCCGCGAGCGGCUCCUGCCUCUGCCCUGCUGGCCGCCGGGGCCCUCGCUGCGCCCAGACCUGCCCAGCGCACACGUACGGCCACAACUGCAGCCAGGCCUGCUCCUGCUUUCACGGGGCCUCCUGUGACCCUGUCCACGGGCAGUGCCGCUGUGGCCCUGGCUGGAUGGGGCCCACCUGCCUGCAGGCCUGCCCGGCGGGCCUCUAUGGCGAGGACUGUCAGAGUUCCUGCCUCUGCCAGAACGGGGGCACCUGCGACCCUGUCUCGGGAGACUGCACCUGCCCGGAGGGCUGGGCCGGCCUGGCCUGUGAGACGGCGUGCCUCCCAGGGAUCUUCGGCGCCAGCUGCCAGCACAGCUGCAGGUGCCUCCACGGUGGCCUCUGUGAGCGGCGCACAGGCCGCUGCCUCUGCCCGGCCGGCUGGACGGGGGACGAGUGCCAGAGCCCCUGCCCGCCCGGCUGGUUUGGAGAGGCCUGUGCCCAGCGCUGCCAGUGCCAACCCGGCGCCGCCUGCCACCACGUCACUGGGGAGUGUCGCUGUCCCCCAGGCUUCACCGGGCCCGGCUGUGAGCAGGGGUGCCCGCCUGGGCGCUUCGGGCCCGGCUGUGAACAGCUGUGUGGGUGUCUCCACGGGGGCUCCUGUGAUGCGGCCUCUGGGGCCUGCCGCUGCCCCGCUGGCUCCCUCGGAACUGACUGCGGCCUGGCCUGUCCGCACGGCCGCUUUGGCCCCGGCUGUGCCCGCGUGUGCAGGUGUGGGCUGGGGGCAGCCUGUGACCCUGCGACCGGCGCCUGCUCCUGCCCCCCCGGGAGGACGGGCGUCCACUGUGAGCAAGGCUGCCCCCAGGGCCGGUUUGGCGUGAACUGUGAGCACGUGUGCUCCUGCCGCAACGGGGGCCUGUGUCACGCCGCCAAUGGCAGCUGCUCCUGUGGCCUGGGCUGGACAGGGCUGCACUGCGAGCUGGCCUGCCCCGCCGGGCGCUACGGGGCCGCCUGCGGCCUGGAGUGCUCCUGCCACAACCACGGCACCUGUGAGCCCACGUCGGGGGCCUGCCGCUGCAGCCCCGGCUUCUACGGCCAGGCCUGCGAGCACCGGCGCACGGGGGCCACGUGUGACCUGGGCUGCAGAAGGGGCUUCUUCGGGCCGGGCUGUGCCCUGCGCUGCUCCUGCGGGGGUGGGGCCGACUGUGACCCUGCCAGUGGGCAGUGCCGCUGCGUGGACGGCUACACAGGGCCAACGUGCCGGCAGGGUGGGCCCUCCCAGCUCCUGGAGAGCCCGUCCCCAGCCCUGGGCCCAGCGGCCUCACAACCAGCGCCUCACCGCCCCGGGCUCAACAGCAGCACAGAGAGGCACUAGCUCAGGGGCAGCCCCUGCUGAGGCCUGCCUCCCGGUGGCCACCCAGAGCACCCGGGGGCCUUGGUGAGCCCUGAGGGGGGACACCCGGGCGCCAGGACUCCGGCCCCGCCCUCAUCUCCGAGGCCUGUGGACAGUCGUGCAGCCUCCCUCUCUACAAGCAUCGUCCGGCCACUACGAGGGAGGCCCCACCUGGCCCGGCUCUGCACCCCGGGGCACCAGCGUGGGGACCACAGUGUGGAGGAAGCCCCGCCCCCGGCACCCUGCGGCGGGACUGCGGGCAGGUGUGGGUGCAGGUGCGGGCGGGCGUGGGGCCCCUGCCCUCGGAGCAGUUUCUUCUGGUGCUAGGCCCUGGGACUGCUGCAGCUCAGCCUGUUUACCAGGAAACAGCCGGGCCCUAUUUAUGGAACAAUAUUUAUGGGCAUCCAGACGUGCCCACCGCACCCCUGGGUGCUGGAGGGCUGCCCGCCACCUGCCCCGCUCAGGCAGCCGUGACUCGGACUGCGGGGACCUGAGGGGCCUCUGGGCGGGGGCUUCGGUACCAUGUGAAAUCCAGUGAGUUAAGAAAGGAGCCGCCGCUUCCUCGA